GGGGUUCCGCCUGCAGGGACGCCAGCACAAUAUAACUUGGCGAGCUCCGCAGCAGACACCACUUGCCUGGACGCCUCCACACGCUCGACAGCCGCGGAGAUGGGCCCAAGCACGUUCAUCCUUGGGGUUCUGAUGCUAAAGGCAGUCUCUGUGGCAUCAAAACCGCAGAUAAAGCCCGAGGAAGUUGUCAUUCUUGAACAAGAGAACAACUUCAAUGGCGUCGACCCCUGGCGCUGGAGCUACAGGACGAGCGACGGUCAGUCCCACGAAGAGUCCGGAGCACUGACGCCUGACGGGGAGUCGGUGGCGCUACAGGGCGGCUACACGUGGACGUCUCCAGAGGGCAUCACCUUCACUGUCACUUACACGGCCGACGACGACCGCGGCUUCGUCCCCACUGUUACCCAGCAGGGAGCAGGUGGCGUGUCCAAGCCUCUGGAACCGCAGUUUGGCGGAGGUCGCGUGCAGCCGCAGCCACGGCCAGGUGGCUUCCCCAGGCCGCCGGGCGCAGGUGCCGGCGGAAGCCCAAGGCGGCCGGGAGCAGGAAAAUAGGGGAUACCCGGCUACUCUGGCAGCGGGGCGACGAGAUUUACAGGCAGAAAGCAACGUGGCACUCUGUGUAAUAAAAGCACUAACAAGGAGACCACACGGCACGCGGACUUCUCUUAAUUUUUGUUAAAUUUAUGGUACGUGAAGUUCAAGACACAAAUAUCAGUCAAGCUGAGCAGAUCACUGCAGCUCUCGAAAAUUCCCGAGCAAAUAGACGUCGUACGUUUCCGACUAUCUUUAAUACUCUACUUUUAUUUAUUUUACCUGUCAAGGACAUGAAACAAUGCUGAUGGUGCAUUAGUAACUUCAGAAAUUAAUUACAUAAAACUUACCCAUGUCAGUAGAAGCAGAAAGUAGCAACAAUAAAAAUACUAAGAUUUAUAUGUAGCACAAAAAUUUAUGAAGUAGAGACAGGAACGUAAGGAAAAAAACGAACAAGCAGCAUGAUACUUUUCUUCGUUUUCUGUAGAGAGCCCAUUAUUCGAUGGUUUUGACUGCAGCUUUGUUAGCUGCAGCGAGACCAGUAGCAGAGAUAUCUUGCAGUUUCCUACUGAUUGGCAGCUGUUGUUGGUCCUACAGGUCUCCAUACUGGCAAAUUCUACCACGACUGCUGAAGCCCCGUUUCCGGUGGUUGAGUUUGGACCGAGACCUCUUAGCUUGUUCACCGUCUUCCUUGUCCCAUAAAUAAAUGCGAAAACUGGUACAGGAGAGAAUCGAAACGUUUGAUAUGUAGCGUUACAGAUGAUUGGUGAAAAUCAGGUGGACCGACAAGAUAAGGAACGAGGAGUUUCUCGGCAGAAACGGUGAAGGAAGGAACAUACGAAAACACUGACAAGAAGUAGGUACAGGAUGACAGGACAUGUGUUAAGCCAUCAUGGAAAAACCUCCCUGACAUUACAAGGAACUCUACGAGAUAAACGCUGUUACAAAAGGCAGAGAUAUGAAUACAUCAACAAACAAUUGAGGAUGUAUGGGACAAGUGUCAAUCUGAAGCUUACAAUACAUAAAGACGGAAAAAAGUGUCUUUUUGGUUAUUCAUUUUCCGUUUUUUCACUGUUCGAUUCGAAUAUGUACGAUUAUUUAAAUUUAAAACCCGUCACAGAUAACGUAAUUAACUCUUAUCUAAAUGGGACUUUUGCGAAAUAGGCACGUCUUCUUAUUGAUAAUUACAUAUCGAACAAAAAUCCAGUUCUUAUUGCAAAUGUAAAUACUUGAUUACAGAACUUUUGCAAAAGAUUAAGAAAGAUUUUUAACAUUACAAAGUUAACAUAAUUUUCUCUAUCUUUAUGUAUUUUACGCCUUAUGGAAAUGCUCGUGAAACGUGCACCUUCAUUCAAAACUUUGUUCCCUAGAAAUCAAGCCCAUCUUCCCCCUCCCCUUCCUCCAAGUGGCAGGAAGCCCUUUAUCACAGAGCCUCGCUGGUUGUCGGAUAAACUGGCGUAUUAAGUAUGGUCUGAAAUCUUAACAGUCGGUUUUUUCGAGAAUUUUUGAGAGUUCCAUCGUGAUACCUUGGUUUAUUGAUAUUUAAAUAGUGAACUUCACUAACCUUAAAUAUAAAACAUGUAAAAAAUCAUAUUGCUGUGAGGUCUCCUUAAAAGUAAAUUACAACACAGUAACAUCUUCGGGUACUGGUCUGCUAAUUUGCCUUUGCAAUCGACUGCUAAGCCAAACUUCCAGCUUAUCAUUACAAAACAACGUUAAACAAUUUCUCUGAUGUUGAUUACCUGAAUAUCAUUGUAUGUUUAAGCGAAUUAACAAAUACAAUAAUCUUUUAACAUACAUAAAA